CUCGCCGCUGAGCAAGUGAGCUGGCGUCGUCUCAGAGUCAGACAUGCAUUCACUAUGUGGCGGCUGAACGCUGGAGAGUCUGAGCUGUGAAAGAUGAGCUGGAUCCUCUCCAUCUGGGCGUCCGGGGCCCUGCUGGCUCUCUGUUCGGGACAAAACGCCACGGCGGAAGGAAGUAACUUAUAUCCCUCCGGCUACCACCUGUGCGUCGGGAAUCAGAGCAGAAAUGUGAGUUUCUUGGUAAUCCAGUCGGUCCCUUACACCGCGACGAGGCCUUGCGGCGGCUGGCUUCUCUGGACGACGUGUACCGUCACCCUUUACAAGAUGACGCAUCAGGUCGAGUACAAGACCGUAAAGGAGCAGGUGACGAGGUGCUGCGACGGCUACGAGCGAGUUGGUCGCUACUGUUCCCUGUCUGUAAACAGGAGUGAUGAGUUUACCGCCAAGCCAGGAUCCUGUCCAACUGCAGAUGGACCGUCUCCCAGUUCCGUGGACUGCGAGUUUGAUUUGGACUGUCCAGGCUGGCAGAAAUGCUGCCAGAGAUGUGGCCGGUUCCUCUGCAGCGAUCCGACAAGAUCAGAACAGGAAGUGGGGUUUCAAGGAAGCUUCUGGAACACAACGGUGACAGUGAACAUGGAUUACCAGCAACUGUUGUCACAGGAAAAUGGGCUUUUGAAUCUCACCAGAUUAUUACACGCAAUGAUAACCGGCGCUCUGGAGUCUGAGGUUUCCAUCUUCUAUCUGAGCUCUCGGGCUGUCCAUCCCUACAGAGUGUCCACAUCUCUGCUCGUCCGGAGCAACUCGUCUCUCUCACUGCACGGCGCCUCGGCAAAGCUGCACCUCCUCCUUAAACACAUACCGGAGGUGUCAUCUGUAACGGUGCGAGAUGUGGAUGAGUGUGUGCACCCUGCUCUCCAUCGGUGCUCUCCUCAGGCACACUGUAGCAACACGCUGGGCUCUUACCAGUGCGUCUGCCAACAAGAAUAUUUGGGCGGUGACCCCAGCGACCCUGGAGUGAACUGUACAAGCGGCACCGGGCUGCGGACCACCGCCGUGCCCCCAGUGGUGAACGCAACCUUUUCCUGGACGCUCGGCUGCACACAGGACUCUUCGGGCGACGGCUCCGUCCCGCUCGGGACCGGCGUGACUCCAGCUCUGACUAACACGAGUCCCGUCACUUACAAUUCGCCACACGCCUCGCUGGGGAGAAGCUCAGCGCCGGCUGCCAGCAUGAGCCAGGCCGCUGCCUCACCUCUGCCAGCGGCUCCGUGUCGACCUCCUGGAAUCAGUGGCUUGUGGUCUGCUAAUGUCACUGGAACAUCCAUGAUUGUCCAAUGGUCAACCGAGGUUCAAAGCAACCAGACUUUCCGGAUCACUCUGAGCAGGACAUCGGAGGUCACUGAGCGCUGGGAAACCAGCAGGACGACGAUAGAGCUGAAUGGACUUCAGCCUGGGGUGCUCUACAAUGUCACUGUAACACCUGGUGCUUGUGGAAGGCAAGGAUCUGCUCUUCACAUGAUGGUCAAAACGGACGCUCAGACUCUUGAUGCAACAACACGACUCACAAACAUCGAGUUCAACGAAGACCUGAGAAACAGCAGCAGCCAGGCCUACAAAAACCUCACCGAGACUUUUACACAGGAGAUCUACAAAUCUCUGCCUCCAGAGAUCAAAGCUAUGGUGGAUUCAGGCCAGGUGAGGAUCGAGAUCCAAAGCUUUUACCUGGGCAGCGUGGUGGUGGACUUCUCCAUCAUCUUCAACCCGAGUCCAGGACGAGCCGUGGGUAAUGUGUCCUCAGCGCUGGUGCAGUCCCUGAUGAACAGCUCCAAAUUCACCGUGGAUGGAAACAGCACAAGCAUCAACGAUUUUGACGAAUGCGCCUCAGGAGAAAAUGAUUGUUCUCAGCGGGCUACGUGCACAAACACAUGGGCCUCCUACACUUGCAUCUGCCUUGACGGAUUCAUAGACAACAACCCAGAAAGACCUGGACGCAACUGUCAAGCGAAUGGUACCGUGGACACAUCAGCACCAGAAGUUUCUACAAUAAGUCCUACUCCACCUGUCCCAACUUUCGAUCAAACUAACAAUCCUAUAAUGGGAACCAGUGCAAACGGUCCUCACUUUAGAUUUGGUAUCCCUACAGCUACGGCUAAUAAUAAUAAUAUCCCACCGACUACCGCUACUUCAGCAACACUCUACAUUGCCCCUGUAAUUACCGGUAGUACUCAAACAAGCAAUAAUUCACCAACAGUGGUCAUUAAUGCUCCGACAAGCCGCUCUGCAGCUCUGGCCAACACCUUAAGAACUACUUCCAUCCCAGCGAUCCUUCCUACUAAUCUGAUAACGACUGCUGCUCCCAGAACAACAACCAUUACUGUCUCUGAGAUCAAUACUACACACUCAACAACUUCUUCUAGCCAAGUAGCGCCUUCUGUUGUUCCAACAACAAUCACUACCCCAAGGAUCACUUCUACAACCCCAUCUUCUGCUCUAAGAUCAGCCACCAAUUCCUCUUUGUCAGGAGCCCUUUCGGUCCACUGCAGAGUGGCUGCCAUUACUGUCACUCUUGCGAAAGCUUUUCUGGCGAGUGCAAAAAUCCCAGAGGGUGCUCUGUACUUGGGCAUGCCGGAGUGUGGAGUCAAUGGAGGCAAUGCCUCCCACGUUCAGAUGACCGUGGCGUGGAACGAGUGCGGCACCAGGCUCGUGCAUAAUGAAACUACGUACACAGCAUCUGUGAAGUUGUUCAACAGCAUGGAUCCGUACACAGCCGAAGGUGGCGCAGUAGAGGUUCCAAGAAUCAGGCUGGAAGUCCCCAUCAUGUGUACCUACUUGACGAGCAUGUUGAUUUCUGCAGACUUUGGCUCCAUGGGGUACAACAUGAUCAAAGAUGUGAUCACGGGUCUGGGGUCGUUCCAGGUGAUGGUGCAGCUGAUGAACGGCACCGCGCCGUUGCCCCACAACUACAGCCUGUCCCCGGAGCAGGCCGUGGUGAUGGAGGUCAGCCUGAACAGCACCUCGGAACAAAUGAAAGUGGUCAUCAGCAAAUGCUGGGCCACUCCCACCCAGAACCCGGCCGACCCCUACAGCUACGCCUUCCUGGAGAACAGCUGUCCUCUGAACGCUUACACCAAAGUGCUGACGAACGGCAACUCCACCACCUCCCGGGUGUCCGUGCAGAUCUUCUCCUUCGUUAACCUGAACGUGAUCUACCUGCACUGCCAGGUCCAGAUCUGCGUCCAGGUUGGAUCCGAUACCUGCGUUCCAGAAUGUUCACAAAGAACAGCUCGGACUGGAAACACGAUUGGAACAAGUGUUGGAUCAUCUGGGCCUAUACUUAGAUUAAGUGAAGAGUCCCUGGAGGAGAAGCUCAACACCAUCCACAUCGUCGGCCUCUCCUGUCUUGGAGUCGGCGUGUGUCUCUGCUUCAUCGUGGGAUUCGUCUGCCUGUUUUACUGUCAGAGGAACCGCAUCGGACACUACAACUUCAACGCCAAACCCAAAGAGGAAAACUUCACCUACCUUGUUUUUAACACUUAGCAUGGGAGUCCAGCUCCAGUCCUCAAGAACCACGGUCCUCCCGGUUUUAGUUCCACAGAAUCCCGCUAAUUAAUCACCAUUAGCUUCAGGUGUGUUGAGCCAGUAUAAUAGCUGAAACACGCAGGAUACCGGCGCUUGUAAACUGACUUUGAACGCCACUGGAGAAGCAGCAGAAAAACACGCGUAGCAUUUACAGAAACCUGCCGCUAGGGGUCAGUGUUGGUAUUUAUGUCUGAGCUCACUUUGCAUUGGAACCUAUUUUUAGUCACCUUCGCCGGACUAAAUAUAUUCAAGCUAGGACAAGAAAUUAUGUUUGAAAUAUUGAUUAUUUAAAAAUAGAAACUGUGAUUGAAUUUGAAAAAUAUUUAAAUCCAGCCUAUGACUUUAUUAAAGUUAAUUUUUGUCCUAAACAGGAUUGGAAUCAAGACUGAAAAAUUAUCGGCAUAGAAAAUAUAACGCUGCAUGCUUGUUAAUUAAAUAUGAGCGCUUCUAAUUAAAUUAUAUUCUUUACCGAAUCUGCUACAUUCAUAUUCAACUAUGCUAAUGACAUAAAAAGAAACUUGCAAAAAAAAAUAUAUAUAUAUUAAUAUUAACCUAUGCUUCUCGAGGUGUUGCAAUAAAAUCAAAUCAUUCUGCACGUCCGA